AUGGGCAUCAAGAUCCGCAACGACACGCGCCACGACGUCCUCGUCAUUGUCUUCACGUACUUCACGACGCCGUUCCCGACGCUGUAUUACCGCAAGACGCUGCUCAUCCCGGCCGGCGAGCGCUACAACUGCCCGACGUGGCAGAGCGCUGUCAAGAUCUACGCGUGGGAAGCCGACAGUAGCAACGGGCCCCAAAUUAAGGCGUUCCUCGAGAAGCGCUUUGGCAGAAUCACGGCGGCACGCCUUGCCUUGGCGCCCAUUGGCGGCGACCUCCUCGAUAUUGCGAGCGCGGCCGCCGAGCUUCUCGGCGACUCCAUUUUGGACAUGCUCAUUCACUCGAUUCUCGAGGACGCAAUCGACUUCAUCACGGGGAAGGCCAUGGACAAGAUGCAAGCCAAGAUCGAAAAUGCGGACGAGGACUUUGAAAAGAUGCAGGAAGCCAUCAUCAACGAGUGCAAGGCCGGCACGACGCACCAGUUCAAGACGACGAUGGCUAAAAAGACGUUCUUGAUGACGCAGAACGCGCUCUUUCUCCGUCGCCAGUUUUGCAUCCACCGCGUCGGCACCAACCAGCUCGAGAUCGACGGCGCCGGCAUGUCGUGGUUCUAG